AUGGGGGUUUCAGCUACCCGUAGCCAAAGAGUAUCUGCAGCAUUCAUUGCGUCAGCUGGCAAACCUAUAAUCCGAUAUACCUUUUGGACGAACACAAGCGGACCGACUCCAUAUUUCCCUGAAAGUUGUCUUUCGAGAAAAAAUGAGCGAAAACAGGUAUUGGAAAAUCUUCAUCGUAAGGUGAAUGAGCUUAAGCACUUGCAAGCACAGAAUCCGUUUGCUGAUGACCCAACCGACUUGCCACUGCUAGGGCCCAGUCUAAAGAAAGGUUGGAUGAACAAAAUACUACGCCUCGAAGCACAAAUUUACCUCUACUUUGAGAAUACCGAGCGCUUCUUUUAA